UAGCUACUAUAAUAUUUCAAGCUCCCAGAAACUGAAUCAAACAGAUCGAAAUUCAACAAUCCAUUACAUCUAUACACAUAAUCAGACACACAAAUUGUUACACACAGACAUCAACCUAUACAUACACACAAAAACAACAUGGUUUAUAUUACAUCAUGGGAUGACUUCGUAGAGCGAUCAGUUCAGCUGUUCCGUGCUCAUCCAGACAAAACAAGGUAUGUGAUGAAGUACAGGAAUUGUGAUGGGAAGUUGGUGCUUAAGGUCACUGACGACAAAGAGUGUCUCAAGUUUAAGACAGACCAGGCUCAAGAUGCCAAGAAGAUGGAAAAGCUCAAUAACAUAUUUUUUACUUUGAUGGCUCGUGGUCCUGAAGUGGAUUUUAAUGAAGUAGCUGGAAAAGAACAAGCAGAAGCACAACCUGCAAAGAAAGGACGAGGAAGAAAGCAAUGAUUUUAUAUAAAUAUCACAACUUGUCACCUUGUUGGUUUAGCAAAAAUGUAUACAAGUCUGUGCGGUUCUCUUAUUCUCAGAGCAAUUACUCUAGUUUCAGGGGGGGCAUUUCUAUUUCACCAUUUUUGUUAUUGUUAGCAUACUAUUACAGGAUCAUUUAAAAGGUGAGGUGUUGGAUGGCGGAAUUUCCAUCGUGCUCAUCGGUUUAUCCCCUUUUGAGUAAAUGACACAUGACAAUCUUUGUCGGUCUCUUUCAUGUGUAUGGUUUUAUUUUGUUUAUCAUUUUCGAUUUUGUGUAUGGCCUGUAUGAUAAUUUGAAUUUGUGGAGCAGGGUUGUUUGCUCAUAAUGUUAUCCAUCUUGAGUUCUUGAUCUCAGAA